CAAUGAUAACACAGUAUCACAUAGUAUUAUUUCUUUGUAUGGAGCCAUUGAUAUUUUAAAAAACUUCAACGAUUGUUGAACUAGGUAUAUUAAAUUAUUAAUUUUGUUAGUAAUCUAACAACAUUAUUAUUUGUUAAAUGUCAUAGAAAACCCUAUUUAAAAUGGCCAAUACCAAUAUUAACGUGAGUUUUGCCUGUCAACAGUGUUUGACUCCCAUCCGACUAGACACCUCAUAUAAUAUUAUCAGUGAACAUACAAUCGCUGAAGUUUCCUGUAAGUAUUUGAAUACAUAUUAUUACUAUAAUUAAUAAUAAUUACUAAAUAUUAAGAUUUAAUUCUAUCAAACUUUUCCAUGUUUGGGAAUUGUUAGUACCUAUUAUUACAUGUCCAGAAGUUGAUCUUGAAUCUCAAAUAAAACAUGUUGAUCACAUGAUACCCGGGUUCCAUCUAAAUGAUUCAUCUAGCGGUAAUAAUGGAUUUACAAUAUUGGGUGAUAGAGAAGUACCAACACUUAGUCAUAAAAUGAAAGUCAGUAUACAAAGAUUAAAAACAAUUGACUAUUUUUUAAUUAUGAUCAUUAAUUAUCCUAGGUAACUGCUAAUCUUUUUGAUGUUGUAUCUGGAAAUUCAAAAGUAAAUCAUCCGUUAUGUGAUGAGUGUACUGAUGUAUUAAUGGAUAUGAUGGAUGAAGAACUUCAACAGGCUGAAGCGGAUUAUAUGGAUUAUAGUAACUACUUGAAAGAGUAUGUACCUAUAAUUUUUAUUUUAUCUAUAUUAUAUUCAAUUGACAAUAUUUUAAUAAUUAAUUAAGACUUUCUACUGAAGAACCAGAAGACAUGGAUGCUUUGAAUAAAGAGUUUGAAGAUGUAAGUACACUAUUAUAAAUAUACAUAUUGUGUAUAUUUUAGAUUCUGAGUGGAGCAAAGAAGUUUGUGGUUUUACAAAUAUGUUUUUUUUUUCUGUUAACAACUUUUCUACCGGAAGAUUUACUCGGAUGUCUAUGUGUAGCAUAUUUUCUGAAAAGAAAUUUGUGUGGAGAAGUACUUUAGGGAAAUUAUUUUUCGAUUUCCUCCAGAGUUUUCUCAUCAAAUUUGAAAAACCAAAAAUAAUGGGAAAUUAUAAGAAAUGUAGGUAUUAGUUAAAAUAUAUUUUGGACUUUUUUUGUGUGAACAAAUUUCUACGAGCAAUUUCGCUCCAACUUUUAAUGAUAGAAAUUUUGUCAAGUGGAAAUUUCUUUAGUGAGGUACUUUAAAGAGGUCAUUUUUCAAUUUUCUCAGGACUUUUCCCAGCAAAUGUGAAAAACCAGGAUAAACAUGGGAAAAUCGAGAAAAACUGCUAAAAUUUGGUACAACAUUAAUUAAAUAAUAAAGAAAAUAUGUAAAUCCUAUUUAAUUAUUUUACCAUAAUAUGAUAUAUAUAUAUAUUAUCGACAAGGUAUCACUAUCAACUGAACUUCGCUUAAAAUCAUUUUUUCGUAAGCAAUGGUUUAUUGUUGCUUACAGGUAUACAUUAAAUUAUCUAUAACAGUGGCUGCAGCCAUCCCCAUUAUCCUAGGACAUCUUUUUUAAUAACAUAUUGUAUAUUGUAUCCUAUAGUCAGUUGUAUUUUAUUUUAAUAUGAAUAAUCAUAAUUGAUAAAAAUUACAACACAUCUUUGAUUAAGAAGAGCUUAAAUUAAUUUUUAGAAUUUGUUUUUUGUAACUUUUUCCUUUUAUUUUAUUUUUAUCUAAAUUGUAUAACUAUGUAUUUUCAAAAUUAAAUUUGUUUAUAAUGAAAACUAUGCAAAAUUGACUUAAGCACUUCUUCCCUGGGACCAAAAAAAUAUAUGCUUAUAGUUGUUGAAAGAAGAAAAGAAGUUAAUGAAUGAACUAUCCAACUUACAAGAAGCAGAAAAUGCAUUAGAUAAUGAUAUUAAAAAAGCUGAAACAGAUAAAGAAAAAUUAAUUAAAGAAGAGGAAAAAUAUUGGAAAGAGUACAGUAAAUAUCGAAGAGAUUGUAUUCUAAUAGAAGAUAAACAUAAAAGGUAAUUUCAAAUAUAUUUCGUACUACCAAUAUCUUAUUGAGAGUAAUGUAAUAAUUGAGUUUUUAGUAUUUUGCUCUUUAAUGUAGAAUAUGUGUAUAAAUUAUAAUUAUGUAUGAGCACUCACAUACAUUUUUACAGAGGGGGCAAAGAAUAAGUACUUCGACUGUAGAAAUAAUUUUUUUAUUAUUAAUAUAGACAUUUUUAAUUUAUAUUUACUGUUUAUAUUUAUUUUAAGUUAGAAAUACAAUAAUUCUUAGUGACUACUAAAGUUCUUACAUUGUUUUGAAUUAUAAUUUAUUAUUUGAACAAAAUAUUUUUAUAAAUUAUUAUUGAUUCAUAAUAUUAUAUACUUAUUCUUCUUUGUAGCUUUGUACUUGUGUUAGGCAUAGUAGGCUAUAGCUUACUAUUUCCGUUCAUUUCCCCUAGUUUUACUUACUUGCAUGCUUUCAAUGUGUCCAUCCAUUUUUAACUGAGGGUUGGCCUCUGGGUCUUCUGCCGCUAAUUUUACCUAUCAUUUUUUGUUUGCAGAUAUGAUUCUCCUCACAUGUUUUGCCUAUUUUAUACAUUUUCUACUGAUAAAUGGUUUUAUGUUAGGUUUUUGAAAUAGCUGGUAGAUUAUUUUGUUGUUUUUGUUGAGUAUUCUCCAUUUUAGUAAUUGAAUCUUAAAUACGAGUAUUUUUCUUUCAAAAAUAAAUAGUUUCCUUCCUUUCAUCUCCUUUUAUUACCAACCAUGUUUUACAAUUUAAGCUAGGAGUUAAUUGCUUAAGUUUAAGUUAUUCUUUGACCUUGUAGAUAAGAGGUUAGGUUUAAAUAAUUUUACUAAUACAAAAUAUCCUUUACUGACUACUGAGAUUAUUAACUAUUAACAUUAUUCUAUUGUGCAUAUUGUUUUAUUUAUUUAUAUUUGUACUUAAUCAAAUAUUAUGUGUAUAAGAAUUUAUGCUUGUUGCUUGUGAACGUCUUAAUAUACAAAUUAUAAAACCGAAUAAAAUAUCCAAGCUUACAUGUAAAUAUAUAAUUAUUUUUAAUGUAAAUAUUUGUUAUAGUGUAGAAUGUCAAAUAAUGUAUACCUCGUCACAACUGUCGAAGCUAAGGAAAACUAAUGUAUUUAAUGCAACUUUUCAUAUAUGGCAUCAUGGUCAUUUUGGCACUAUCAACAAAUUACGAUUGGGUAGAUUGCCAUCCGCUCCAGUGGAUUGGACUGAAAUAAAUGCUGCUUGGGGUCAAGUUACAUUGCUAUUAGUGUCAUUAGCUAGAUACAUGAAUUUAACAUUUGAAAAAUAUCGUCUUGUUCCAUAUGGAAAUCAUUCUUAUGUUGAAGUACGUGGUUUUAACAUUUUAACUUGAACUUGAACUAUAAAAAUGUACUAUUCCUCAAUAAAUCAAAACAAUUUACUUUAUCAUAUGCUCACUCACUUUAUAUAAUCAUAUAAACAUUAUAAUCGAUUCAUAUUAAUUAUAUAAUAUAAUAAUAAUUGAUGUCAAAAAAUGUGUACUAAAAUAUUAUUUAUUACCUAUUUAUUUUUCUAUUUAUAUAAGAGGAACUAAAGAGAUUAUACAAACAUAAUUACUUCCCUAUAUUAUUGAUUUAAUAUUUAAGGGAUUCUACUCAAAAAUAAGUAUAAUUGUUAUUUUCUUAAUAAACAUAGUGGUGUAAAUUUGUAUUAAAAAAGAAUUAAUACUGUUGACGGUUUUGCCACUGUUUAUAAGACGCAGUAAUCAAAAAAACAAUUUUGAGCGAAAUUUAGUUCAUCAUGUAUUAGUAUGCCACAAUGUUUAAGAUUUUCAUAGAAAUUUGAACUUUAAAAUUAUUAUAUUACACUCAAUUUUUUAUUUAUUACAAAUUGCAACUUAUGCUCACACUGUCUAUUGAUUUUACUGUUAUAGGUUUUAGGAGAGAAAAAAACAUUGCCUUUAUAUGGUCAAGGUGGUAUACGCUUUGUUUGGAACACAAAAUUUGAUUUGGCUAUGGUGGCAUUUUUAGACUGUCUUCAACAGUUUAAAGAAGAAGUUGAGAAAGGUAAUUCUGGAUUUCAUUUACCGUAUCGAAUGGAAAAGGGUAAAAUUGAAGAUUCAGCUACUGGAAAUACUUAUAACAUCCGGUAAUAAUGUAACUAAUUGACCUAAUUUUAUUAUAGUUGAACAUUUUUAAUUGAAAUUAUCUUCAUUAUAGAAUACAGUUAAAUUCUGAAGAAGGUUGGACUAAAGCACUGAAGUUUAUGUUAACAAAUUUAAAAUGGGGUUUAGGGUGGGUAUCUGCUAAAAUAAAUCACGAAAUGUAAGUUACACUGACAAUUCUGAAAAAGAAAAACUUUUACAAAAAUUUAAAAAAAAUUUACUUUUUUAUAUGUAUUUUUUAUUAAUAAAGACAUGUAAUUAACAUGCUAUAAAAUAUUAAACCAAUUAUAUUAUUAUUUUUAUUUAAUUAUUCAUAACUAUUUUGUUUGUUAAAAACCACAUUAAGCCAAAGAGAAAACUGGAUGAUCCAUUAAGAACUUCUGAUUGUGUGACUAUAUCUCUAAUUUGUGGGAUUGUGUAUUCUACAACUUCAAUAUCUUCACCCUCGUUUGCAAGACCACCACCUUCAGAAAUUUUCAUUUGGUCACUGACCUCGGUAUAAAAAAAUGUCAUAACUGAACCAGUUGUACUUAGAGCAGCUCUGUAAAAAAAAAAUGGUUUGAUUCAAAUUAGUUUUGAAUUUUAACUAAUAUUGUUGGAAUUAUUUAUAAAAAAUUAUUUGAUAUACUUUAAUUGAUCUUGAUUGUUGUUAUAUCAAGUACAUUUAUACAUAAAUAAUUAUAGACAUACAUUUAAAUUAAUUUUAGUUAAAAUUAUGUACAAAUUUACUAGAAAUCUUGAAGUUAGAAAAUAUAUAUAGUUAUAU